UUAGUUUACGGAUGUGACGUACCUAGUAUGCUUGGUUGUGAACGUCUAUCGUCGGAAAUAACGUAGAAUAUCGUUGUCUAUAGUUUUUUCCAUUUCCGCCCGACAUCGACGAGAGACGCAUCGUCAUUGUGGUGGAUUAUAGUGACUUAUUUUAGCGGCCCUUGAAGACGAUACACCAUGAGUCUACCAAGAGUAUUCUUCGACGUGAUUGCGGAUGGCUCUCCGCUUGGCAGAAUUGUUAUUGAGCUGAGGGCUGAUGUCACCCCUAAGACAUGCGAAAACUUCCGCGCGCUGUGCACCGGCGAGAAGGGCUUCGGCUACAAGGGCUCCACCUUCCACCGCGUCAUCCCCAACUUCAUGCUCCAGGGGGGUGACUUCACAAACCACAACGGCACUGGUGGCAAGUCGAUCUACGGUGAAAAGUUUGCUGAUGAGAACUUCGUCCUGAAGCACACUGGCCCUGGUGUGCUGUCCAUGGCCAACGCUGGCGCCAACACUAACGGCUCCCAGUUCUUUAUCACCACUGUGAAGACCUCAUGGCUGGAUGGCAGGCAUGUUGUCUUUGGCAAUGUUGUUGAAGGCAUGGAUGUCGUGAAAAAAGUUGAAAGUCUCGGAUCCCAAGCUGGCAAGACCUCAAAGAAAAUUGUCAUUGCCGACUGUGGACAACUUUGCUAAUUAUAUCUUUGGUAUCUUAAAGUAUACUGCAAUAUUUUAAGUUUAACACUAAGUCCUCCUGAGUAAAACCUUCCCAGCAAAGAGUUACAUUUAAACUUACCUGUGGGUCAUUCCAAUUAUGUUAAUUUUAUUGCUCUAUUUAGAUUGCAAACUAGGAAUUGCAUUUAUUUCUGUGCAUUGCUCUUCAUAAUAAAUAACUUAUAUAAAAGUUUUUGUAUUUUUGUCUGCUUGUUACUUUACUCCAAGUAGAUAUUAUAUUGACUAGUUUGCUAGAAUUCAUACUUGUUAGACCUCACAGCCAGUACUAAAUGUAGACCUACAUAUUUAUAUAAACAAUUUAAUGUACUAUUGCUUUCGAUUUGGUACAUAAAUAAUGUUUAUGGCAAA